GCACAACCCAAGCUUUCGUUCCGUGCCCCAGUUCUGUUGGAGUUUGGCGGCCUAGAAGCAUGGAACUCGCGUUUCUGGGAAUAUUGAUUGCCGCCUUCAGCCUCGUUCCUCCACCAGCCAGAGUAUGCCUGUGAUUUUAGCUCGCGAUUGUUAAACCAGUACACUGACGUCUUGAUCGUUCGCAGGGCGAACUGGUGCCAAAUAAAGGUAAAUGGAAGGACCGUGGCCGCAGUCCGGAGUCCCCCGGUCAGUCCUUCUUAAUAAUUUAACGUGCAGGUUAUGUGAUCGUUCAGAACGGAUCGUUCUACCUCAAUUGCCGGAAGUUCGUCUUUUCUGGAUGCAACUCGUGGGACCUCAUGCAGGUUGUCUGCUCGGACCAGCUUGUCUUCAUGGCAAUUCAGCUGGUAGUUGAUAAUCUCCUACUAACACGAUAUAUUGAUUUAUUUUUCAGAAUGCGAGUGGUCCAAACAGCAUGUGGACAGUACGUAUUUUCUUCCGCUUUUGUUUCCAUGCUCUGGCUCAUCGUCCUGCCGCCUUCGCCUAGGUGAACGCGACACUCGAUGAUAUGGUCUCCAUGAAUCUCUCAGUUGUGAGAACUUGGGGCUUCUCAACACAAGCAAGCUCACCUGUGCAGCUGAGCCCGGGGGUGUACAAUCAAACCCUACUAAGAGGGCUGGAUUUUGUCCUUGCUCAAGCAAAGCUUCGUGGCAUUAGAGUUAUGAUUGCCUUUUCCAACUUCUGGGGUAUGGGAGAUGGAGUCAAUACGCUUAUUUGUGCGCAGAUGCUAGUUUCGAGGGUCAAUACCUAUAACGGCGUCAGCUAUUUGAACGAUACCACCAUCCUGGGUUGGAAUUUGCUCAACGAGCCAAGGUAUGUCAACUGAACGACACAUCUUCGUUUCAUUUUUGUGUGUGUGUGUCUCUAAUUCCUUGAUUGCAGGUGCUUUACCGAUGGCUGUCAAGAUUCUGUGCAAAACUGGACUGAAGUGAUGUCAACGUAUCUUAAGGUAAUUGUAGCAAUCACUUUUGUGGCCGAUACGUUAGCUCAACAUGGCUAAUCCUGUCUGUCUGUUGUCAGACAAUUGAUCCAAACCAUUUGGUUGCCACUGGUUACGAGGGAUUUUAUGGAGCAAAUCAAAAUCACACGUCAUACAAUCCAGGAGGUGAAGAAACAGCUCACUUGCCAUGGUUUCCGUAUGUGGCUUUAGCCUAACAUGUUCUGCCGACUUGCAGAGCCUUGGGGACAUUGGGCGACGCAGACAGGACAGGAAUUCAUCCGCAACAACAGAUUCUGGGCAAUCGACUUCGCUGUUGCACACAUCUGGUAUGUGGAGCAGUGCAAACUUUCUCAAAUUGUCUGCCAAUCUCACGUGCUGCAUUUUCCAGGUCCGAGAACUGGAUCGGAAACCAGCAGAACACAUCUGCAAAGCUCUCGUUUAUACAGGACUGGGUCACGACACAUAAUCAAGACGCUCGCGUAAGGGUGAUGUGGUCAAUCAAAGACGUACUGGUGUGGCAGUUUCUGUAAAACAUUUGCCCUAAUCGUUCUUGCCUGAGCAGGAUGUCUUGAAGAAGCCCCUGGUAUGGGAGGAGUUUGGAAUGCAGGAUGUCACCUUCAAUGGGACAUUCACCUCGAGAGAUGUGUAUGUUGAGCAUGGAUUAGUGGAAGCGUGCGAACACAUUACAUACUGUUCAUGACGAGCUUUCUGUCCUCUGGCAGGUUUCUGACUGCGAUAUAUAAUUCCCUUUACAACUCUAUUGUUGAAGAUGGAACUGUGCAGGGAGACAACAUAUGGGUCUUCAAGAGCCCAGGUAUGAAUGGACCUACAACCUGCCUGGCUGCACUAGUUGCUGCUCUUGCCAACAUUCACUUCAUUUUGCCAAUGCAGAUGGAGAGUUUGGGUACACCAUUCGGCCAGGACAGUCAGCAGCAAAGAUUGUGAAAGCCCAUGCUGAUGCUGUGAUGCAACACAAGCACAGCUUUGGUGAGCCCUGUUGAACUGCGAGAGGGGGGCCUGCACCUGAGUUGGCAUGCUUUGCCAGAAGUAAUUGUAGUUCUGCUUGGAAUAUGUUGAUAAGAGGCAUGCCUUCACGUGCUGUUGUGUAAGGAUGGGCUAAAUGU